UUUCACCAACAAAAACACCGCCCGUGACAGUUUUCAUUUCCGUUUGUGUUUCAGUUGCUUUGUCGUAGUAGAAACUGCUUACAACUUGUGAAAAUGUAGCUAAAUAAGAGUCUCAAAUGAAUGCAGAACUAAAACGAUACAGGGUUUUCAUCUCCCCAUCGACAUUUUAGAGUGAUGUUUUAAUCAUUUUUUUCCCGGGUCAGUUUUCCUCUUUUUCCUUUUGUUUGCUACUGAAAAAACGUUCCGCUUUAGCAUGUUGUUCCGAGGAUGGAGUGCACAGCAAGGGAGACGUUUCUCUCAACUGUUUUCAUGCUGAAGUAACGUUAGUCUUAUUUAUAGCUAUCUUUGUUUUGUAAACCACUAGCUAACUAAUGUAAACAGCUUAAUAAUCUUGUGUCAACAAAUGAAAAGCUUGCUGACAGCAAAUAACGCUGUUUGACGUUUCCGUUGGAGCCGAGUUCAACGCACGCUGGUUACAUCAUACUGGUGUCAACAUGUCAGAGUCUGCUGACAGUCGUCCCAAAACAUUAAAUUUCAACGUCGGGGUGCUCGGACAUGUCGACAGUGGGAAGACAUCGCUUGCCAGGGCGCUUAGCAGCACCGCCUCCACGGCUGCUUUCGACAAGAACCCGCAAUCCCGUGAGAGGGGCAUCACGCUGGACCUCGGCUUCUCCUCCUUCACGGUGGAGCUUCCUGAUCACCUGCGGGACAGCGGAGGCCAGCAGCAAUAUGACAGCCUGCAGUUCACCCUGGUGGAUUGUCCGGGACACGCCUCUCUUAUUCGGACUAUCAUUGGGGGUGCCCAAAUCAUUGACCUGAUGAUGCUGGUGGUGGAUGUGGUGAAAGGGGUGCAGACUCAGACCGCAGAGUGUCUGCUGAUAGGAGAGCUUACUUGCCCUCGUAUGGUGGUCGUCCUGAACAAAGUUGACCUACUGCCACCUAACAAGAGACAGAGUGCCAUUGAGAAAAUGACCAAGAGACUGCACAAAACUCUGGAGAGCACCAGAUUUAAGGAAUGUCCAGUGAUUGCUGUUGCAGCGAAGCCUGGGGGCCCAGAGGCUCCUGACACAGAGGAGCCACAUGGUGUGCCAGAGUUAAUAGAGCUUUUGAAGAAACAGACGUACCUCCCUAAGAGAGACCCCAGAGGUGACCUCUUGAUGGCUGUAGACCAUUGCUUCUCCAUCCGUGGUCAGGGAACAGUCAUGACUGGAACCAUGCUGCAGGGGUCGCUGGCUAUCAAUGACACUGUGGAAAUCCCAGCACUACAGGUGACCAAGAAGAUAAAGUCGGUGCAGAUGUUUAGAAAGCCAGUAUCGGGGGCCAUGCAGGGGGAUCGUGUGGGUGUGUGUGUGACACAGUUUGACCCUAAACUGUUAGAGCGGGGUGUGGUUUGCACCCCAGGGUCCCUGCGCAACUUCUAUGCAGCUGUCAUCUCUGUGAGGAAGAUAGGCUACUUCAAGGGCUCUCUUGCUACCCGUGCCAAGUUCCACAUCACCAUGGGUCAUGAGACCGUCAUGGCAAGGGUUGCCUUCUUUGGCCUGCCGCCUGUGGGUGCGUCGGAGCCCCCCUCAGACACUACACCACUUCCAUCACAGCCCUGCUCACUGGAUACACCCUUCACCUUCGAGAGGGAGUACUUCUACCAGGAUGAAUAUGUCACCGAUCAGAGAGCGGCAAGUCCAGGACCUGACCCAGAGCAAUGGGCCUUGUUGGAGUUUGAGCGGCCAGUCACAUGCCCCUCACUCUGCCUUGUGAUUGGUUCCAAGCUGGACACAGACAUCCACGCCAAUGCAUGCCGGUUGGCUUUCCAAGGCCGUCUGCUCCAUGGGUUUGAAGAUAAAGGCUAUGCUGAGACUACUCUGCCUCGUCUGCGCAUCUACAAGACGAAACACAAGGAGGGCCAGGUGGAAAGGGUGACUGACGAUUACACUCUGAUUGGCCGCAAUCUGUUCAAGAAGGAGACCAACCUCCAGCUCUUUGUGGGGUUGAAGGUCACACUGUCGACAGGCGAGAGUGGCGUUAUCGAAGGUGGGUUUGGACAGAGCGGGAAGUUCAGGAUCCGAGUACAGGGAUGCGGUAAGAGUGGUAGGCCCGACAUCCUGAGCCACAUUCCCAGGAUUCCUCUGGGGGUUGCCUGUGUUCCGGGGGAAGUCUGUUCUGUGUUUAUUUUACCUUCUGUUGCUCCAAACCCACUGCUCCACACUGGGAGGGAACAGAAAACAAAAACUUUUGGAAAGAGAACCUCACCUAUAUCCUCCUCACUGCCUCACACUAGCGUACUCAAAAGUCUCAGACAUACUAACGCACACAUCUUCACACAUGAACAUAAUUAACAUCCAGUGGUGUUCAUCAGAGACUUCCAACGGGCAUUAAGGCAAUGAUGGCACUAUUCUGCUAAUAAGGGGUAGGUCAAAUAAUUCUUACCGCCACAUGUCUGAAUACGCUCUCCUACUAUAGGUUUUCGACAUUUUACCUCUGAAGUUGUGCUUUAUGGCAGUUAAACCUUUAGCAAGCUUUACAUUUGCAUGAUGGCACAAAUGUACACGAUGCAUGUUGCAUCUCUCCACAGCUGUUUUUGUUGUUGUUUGCUUUUUAUAUACAUAUUGAUUGAUUUGUAAUGCGUGACUUGUUGCUAUUUGUCAGUAUCGUGAGUUUCCGUUGACUGCCUGUAGCUCCAAAGACUUUCUCUUUUAUUUUCUGUAAGAUGCAUACAUAAGAUGAAGGAAAGGAAUGAAAAUGUGUAGGCGAUUCUGCUUUCAUUCAGACUUCACUUGCUUUUCUGUUGUUCACACCUGCUGCUGCAACUAAUGAUCAUUGUCAUGACCUAUUAAACUGUUUUCAUCUAUUAUUCAAUUAAAAUAGUUUGGUCCACAAAUGUCCAUCAAAAUCUCCUAAAACCUAAGGCUAUACCAUCAAAUUACUUGUUUUGUUUGAACCCAAAUAUUUAUAUACUAUAACAUACAAACAAACGGAGCGAGAGGCUGGAAUUUAGAGUGUUUGGCAGUUUAUUUUUUUGGGCUUUUCCGCCUUUAAUGGACAGGACAGGUGAGAAAGGGGAGAGCAAGAGGGGGAAGA